AUGGAAGAGAUCAUUCUUUCUCUCGAGCCAGCCUUCCAUCGAAUUGAACGGUUUUUACUAUGGCACAAUCGAUAUGUGAGUCUAGUUGCAUUCAUUCUCAUCCACGGUAUUUUCUAUGCCAUCGCGCGCGCCGGUUUACGUCCAUUGUGUGCGAUAACGAUCGUAUUGAUGAUUUUCCAUGUACUCGAUUGUAUUAAAAAGAAACGGGUAGUGAACGAAGAGAAGAAUCUCUCCGACUUAACUCAAGUGGUUUUAAAUUCAUACCGUCGAACAAUAGAAACACAUGAACGGCUAAAUGUGAUUAAAACUGAGAAUCGAUCGAAGUAUUCCUUGAUACUAAUUGUCAUCUGUUUCAUCCUCGCCUACACUGGAAUGAAAAUCAAUGGAUUCUAUGUUUCGUAUAUCGUCAUGCUGAUACUCUUCACAUUACCGGCGAUUAUUUACCACAAAAUGAUACCGAAGUUAUUAAAACGUUUAGCCCCCAUACUCGAACAACUUGACGAAUCGAUGGAAUACAAACGGCGAACAUUAGUCGACCGCAAAGAUCUUUUAGUCAAAAUCAAAACUCCGGGUUUGAAUGAAAAUGCUGAUGAAGACGACGAUGAAGAUGUCAGAAAAUUGAAACAACAAAACAAACAAAUGCCAAUCAUGACUCGUUCGGUGAAUACCAGUGACGACGAUGGAAAGCUUUUCUCUUCGCGAUUAUCCAAGACAAAUUCUGAUAUACUUAGUGAUUCAUCGUCGUCAGCAGCCGAUGAUGAUACAGCCCAUAUCGAUGAAUUAUAUGCCAAUGUUGGAGAUAAGAUCGAUGGUAAACAUCGAAUUAAAAUCAAAGGCGAUGAGAUCAAAAUCAAAGGUUAUUCCAAUCGACAACGAACAAAACUAACCAAUCCGUCACAAAUAAUCAAGAAAAAUUCUCUUGGUGAACCUGAUCUAAGUAGUUUCGAUUUCCUCAAUGACUACGACCAACAAUAA